GGGUAGAAAAACGGUGAAGCAAUCUUGCUAGCCUUACAGGCCUGAAUUCUCCGGAACACCGGCAGAAGGUCGAAAGUAGGGCGCUAUGUUAGAUGUUUGUUAGGGCUGAUUUAUAACUGAUUUGAUUAUCUAGAUAUACAAUCACCUCGAAGAGACAGCUCGGAGGAAGUAGCACGAGCUUUGUGUCGUUCUUAUACACUUUAUUUGUUGUUAUUCGCGGUUAAGCAGCAAGGAUCAUGGCUUUCGUAGGACUGAGAGCCUCCUACCACAGUUUACUGGGCAGAAUCGAGCAAUUACUGCCUGCUAAACUGAGACCGGUGUACAACCACCCUGCAGGUCCCAAGACGGUUUUCUUCUGGGCGCCAAUGUUUAAAUGGGGUCUGGUGAUGGCUGGUUUAGCAGACAUGGCCAGACCAGCUGAAAAACUCAGCACAUCGCAGUCUGCAGUGCUGACAGCUACAGGUCUUAUCUGGUCCAGGUAUUCACUGGUUAUUAUACCAAAGAACUGGAAUCUGUUUGCUGUCAACUUCUUUGUUGGAGCUGCAGGUGGAUCUCAGCUCUUCAGGAUAUGGAAGUACAACCAAGAACAGAAAGCAAAGACAUCUGCGGAGGCUUGAUACUGCUCACAUAUCAGUGCCAUUUGAUGGACUGAAAGGGAAUUCACUCUAAGAUAUUCCUCAGAAAAUGUCAGGCACCUUUUUUUAGUAUGUUACAUUUUAAUCACCUAGUCUUUUCCAUUGUAAACCCUUACCCCUCUCAUGAACACAAACGUCAUUGACGCACAAUAAAUACAAUGAUACAAAUAAGUAGUUUUCUGUACAGUAGUUCUUUAAGGGAAGGAGUCGCUUUCCUAAAACUUUAGGGUUAAAAUAAAUUUGAUAUAGACAUCUCAAUUAAUGUGAUGUAAGGAAUAGCUUAAAAUUAAUUGGAAAUCUUAGGCCUUAUUUAUUUAGCUGGUGUACACAUCAGAAUCAGAAUCAGAGUCAGAAUCGGGUUUAUUGGCCAAGUGUGUUGACACACACAAGGAAUUUGGUUCCAGCUGUUGGUGACUCUCAAAGGUAGACAUAAAUAACACUGUACUCACUUAAACAUAUGUUUUAAUUUUUUAACAUCAUAUAUAAUUACGGUUAUGUUUGUACGCAUGCAUCAAUCAGUAAAACUGUCAAAUUGAGUUAAAUAUAAAAACCCAUUAAAAUGAACAUAUUCCUAAA